AUGACUCUGUCCCUGUGGGCUGCAGCUCCGUUGUCUGCUGCAGCUGUGCUGCGCGGUUGCUGGGGCGGCAGGAGCAGCGCACCGGCUCUCAGCGGCGGUCCUCUGGGCGAGGGCUGCUGGCCCUUCGCGUGGGCCGAGUUCCACUGGGGGCCCAGCGACGACGAAGGCUCGGAGCACACCCUCGACUACUGCCGGUACGCCCUCGAGCUGCAGGUCGUGCACGGGCCCUGCGAAGGUGCGCAGUACGAGUACGUCUGCGUCGCCGUACUCUUCGAGGCGGUCAUGGAGGACAACCCGUACAUGGACCCGGUCGUGCAGGCGCUGCACCAGGUGAGGCGGCCCGGUUGCUGCACGCAGCUGCUGCCCUUCCCGCUGGACUGGCUGUCCCCGCCGAUGGAGCAGUCUUACCUCUCCUACAGCGGCUCGCUCACCAGGCCGCCCUGCAGUGAGGGCGUCCUCUGGAUCCUCCGCCCGCACCCGCUCACCAUCUCCAGUCGGCAGUUGCCACUGCAACCUGCCAACCGCCGACCUGACGACGGCCGAUCUACAACCCUCCGCCCCUCCGCCCAACUUGAGGAAGGUGCGGAGAGAAGACUGUGCCGUAGACAGUAA